AAAUACGUCAUCACGCGGUUGGACCCUUCAGCUGUCAGACUUUGGCCACCCAAAAAGUGCAGGUUUUGUUAGCAAACUAUCUCGAAGUGUACAGCCCGCGCGGACUUCGUUUAAAGUUGUGCAUUGAUCAUCUCGUCGACAUUUGAGCGCGCGCGCCGCUUUUGGACGCUCCGCGGUUGCACGAAGAGGAAACGUCGCGCUCUAAUCGCUGGUAGUUUUUGCACGGCAAACCAGCGAUCCUGAGCGGGUGUAAGGGUAGAUGCAGGGAGGGAGGGAGUAAAAAAAGGCAAAAGUCUUUGUGCUUCCCUUCCCCCUCAUCACAGCAAAGGGGAAAUGUCUCUGUCUAAAGGAGUGAAGAAGAAAAACCCUGGGCUGAAGCUGGCCCCAGAAGUGUUCGGGCAGCCCCAACCAGCAGCAGCAGCGCCCCCUCGAGAUCUUGACUCAAAAGCUUUUGUCACAAUCGGAGAUCAGAACUUUGUGGUGAAGGCAGAUGACUUGGAGCAGAUUGCGGAGCUGGGGAGGGGAGCGUAUGGGGUGGUGGACAAGAUGAAACAUGUGCCCAGUGGUGUUAUCAUGGCUGUCAAGAGGAUUCGUGCCACAGUCAACACACUGGAGCAGAAAAGGCUUUUGAUGGACUUGGACAUUUCCAUGAGGACAGUGGACUGUUUCUACACUGUGACCUUCUUUGGUGCUCUAUUCCGUGAGGGAGAUGUUUGGAUCUGUAUGGAGCUCAUGGACACCUCACUGGAUAAGUUCUAUAAGAAGGUUAUUGAUAAAGGCAAGACCAUCCCUGAGGACAUCCUGGGCAAGAUCACAGUAGCGAUUGUCAAGGCAUUAGAGCAUCUGCACAGUAACCUGUCUGUGAUACACAGAGAUGUGAAGCCUUCCAAUGUUCUGAUCAAUACUGAGGGCCAAGUGAAAAUGUGUGACUUCGGCAUCAGCGGCCACCUUGUGGACUCUGUGGCCAAAACUAUGGAUGCAGGCUGCAAGCCCUACAUGGCGCCUGAGCGGAUCAACCCUGACCUCAACCAGAAAGGCUAUAGUGUCAAGUCAGACAUAUGGAGUCUUGGUAUUACAAUGAUUGAGCUGGCCAUUUUGAAAUUCCCCUACGACUCAUGGGGCACCCCAUUUCAGCAGCUCAAACAGGUGGUGGAUGAGCCGUCCCCACAGUUGCCUGCCGACCGCUUCUCCCCAGAUUUUGUAGACUUCAUCUCCCAGUGCUUAAGAAAGAAGCCAAAUGAAAGACCAGCUUACACAGAAUUAAUGGAACAUCCAUUUUUCACUCUGCAUAACUCCAAAGAGACGGACGUGGCCAGUUUUGUCAAGGUCAUCCUGGAUGACUGAUCCUCCAGGCUUCACCCUGACUGGGUAGGCAGGACCUCUCAGCAAAGAAACCAAUGGCCUACCUUUUUUUUUUUUUUUUUUAAAUCUUUUCUUUUUUUUAACUCACUGGAAUGACAGACUCUGCACCCACACACCACAGGGGGGUGACCCAAAGACUGACAGCAGCCCAGCAGCACUGGAGCAGGAGAGUAGUGGUAAUAUGAACUUGAUCUGUCAACUGGAGAGGUUUAUGUCGCUCCUUCAAGCUUCCUGCGUGUGCCGUUCUCCACAUGAUAAACAUGAACUGAAUUGUUAUUUUGAUUUUUCUUUUCUUGUCUCUGUUUCCCUUCUUAUCUCUCUCUUCAGUGAACAGAGCCAACCUUUUUUUUUUCACUUUUUGACACGUGUAUAAAUACGUCGAAUUUCAUCUACAAAGCUUAGUUUGUUGUUUGUGUAAUGAAAGCUAUAUUUGCAAAUGAAUUUGUAUGUUUUCAUCAUACAGUGUUUUGAUACUGUAUACCAUCAGUAGGUGUGAAUUCUGCGGCACUAGGGCUUUGUUGGAUCAUAUCAGGUGAAAUGUUUGACCUGGUUCUGCCCUGAGGUCCAGCUGAUUAGCUGGGCUGUGGGAGACACUAAGGCAAAAAGAAAACUAAAAAUGUAAGAAAUCUCAAAGGACGGGAGUCGUCCCAUAUCAUGAGUGACACGCAGUGAUCGCUCUGCUUUUUUUCUUACUUGGGUAUUAAAGCAUCAGCUCCAGUGCUGCCACUGUUACUACCUGGACGUCUUCAGGGGGUUGCUUUUUCUCUGUGCCAUUUUUACAAAAUGUUCUCAUGAAAUACUGCAUUAAGUGUUUUCCUCUUGUCUUGGACUUGUUCUUGCCUGUGUUUUUACUUUUCAUUUUUGGUUUGUUUGCUUGUUUUUCUCUAUUGUGGACUCAACACAUGAGGCACUUAUGUUUUUCUUUUUUUUUUCUGGAGACCUUCUUAUGCCUUACACUCAGCGUAUGUUAGGGAAAUAAUUUAUCUGUUAAAGAUGUAAAUACUAUCUCUUUUUUUUUUUUUUAAUGUAAGAUGACACUGUCAACAUGAGCAGUGCAGAUGGAGUGGUUGGUGUUAGUUUUAAUGCAGCGUGACGCCUACACAAACACAGCCAGCUGACUAGCGUACACCUGUUUUGAACUGAUGUGCUGUCAAGCAACACCGCUCAGGUUUGUGCGUUCGCCUACGUUUUCGUUUGUGUGCCGCUCUCCUCGAGUCCCGGACCCAGAGCCUCUCUUCGUCUGAUAGUGGGGCAGCUGUUGGACCUUCUGUCAGGCCAUACUAUGCAGAGCUGCUUCACAUUGGACACACAGCAGGGGGCCUUUGCUACAUGUUGGCACCCACUCCAGGUGUUCAGAGACUGUGAUGAUGACGAUGGUGACGGCAGUGACAACCGCUGUGUUCCUGUUCGUGGCUAGCGCACAGCCUCUCUGGUUUACACUGUAGUGCGACCUUUAUCAGUCAGUGAGUUAAGAGUAUUUAUGAUUGUGAAUUAUAAGGGAAAGCUAGUAACACCGCGAAGAAGCUGCUGUUGUCUUUUCCCCUCGGCCUUCUUCGGUGUAUCAAAGUCAGUUUUAUGCUGAUCACGAUGAAAAUGGAACACUCGCUCUACCUCUUACUCCUUUUACUCUGUUUGCCACCUUUUUAUUGGAUGGGACUGACGAACUUGAACUAUGGAAAGACAAAAAAAUAAAGGCUUUAUUGUUCAGUAUGUCAUGAUUUAGUAAUAUGAAUAGAUUGUGUGGGUGAUGCACAGAAUGUGUACAAAUAAAAGGACAAAUCGGACAAUAAAACUACGUCAUCGGGGUCAAAGUGCUCUGGUAAAACUCAAACCCAGUGCCUCAUUCACCCAAAGCAGUGGAGAAGCCUCUUUGACUUUGGUCUGUUCUCCAGCUCCAAGAUGCACCAGGUCCCUCUGCUAGUUAUUGUUCAUGGCAUUCAGCUUUGGGCAUGUCUCAAGCAUCUAGUGCGGCUCUUAUUAAAAGGAAGAAAGCUGCUCUGCGUUGUGUCUGAAAUGCCUUUGCUCACAAAUUCAAAUAAAAGGUUUUGAUCUAUUGGAAGAAUUGUAAAACUUACUGAGCAAAUAAAAAACAAUUAAGCUGAAUUUUUGUAUCUGGACCAAUGCUGGAUGUAUGUGAGCAGGUGUAAGCUAUUAAUUAGUCUGAUGGGUUAAUAAAAUAGCUUCUAAUCAGAACAGCAAGAAGCCAAACCA